AUGAGUUACAGUGAAGAAGAUCCAUUAUCAGAGCCAAAGAACGUUCAAAAUUUGGAUUUAUCCAGAUUAACUCCAGAAGAGUUGAAGAUUUAUAAGCUCUACGGCAAAUUGCCUACCAAACAAGAGAUUUUAUCCCAAAAAAUCCAAGAUAAGAAGUACUUUGAUUCAGGAGACUAUGCCAUGUCUAAGAAAUCUAAUAGGGGAUUGUUGCCUAUGAAACAUCCUAAUGCUGAGAAGGUGAAGGAGAUUUAUACCAGGAAUUCCAUUAGUGGGAGUAAUUCGGGGGUGUUGUAUAAUGGGAAGCUGGGGUUGUUGAAUGAGAGUACACCUAAGAAGGAUUAG